AUGGUCAGGUUGGGGGACCUCUACAGAAAAUUGGCCAAAAUCGUUCUUUCGCUGUCUACUCUUACGCUCAGCAAGAUAGGGUCUGUUGAGCGUGACCCUAAAAAUAUGACGUGGAAGGUGUUGAAUCGGCCCUUAUCAUAUUCCAUGAAUGAAGUGGUGCAACUGGGAACACUAGCUCGGUCGAUAAUACCGAAUAGCAUGUACUCUGAAGCAUCGUCGUACUUUGACGCCCUGGUGGAGCUGCAGAUUUCACACCUCAUCAAGAAUAUCCUUGUUAAUGAAGCUAAGAAUAUUGUCGGAGUGGUAGACUGGGAGUUUACAUACACCGCCCCUGUCGAAUUUUCCCAUGCACCACCUUGGUGGCUUCUUCUCGAAAAGCCGGAAUAUUGGUCUAAAGGCCUCGGCGACUGGUGCUCACAAUAUGAUAAACGACUUGAAACAUUUCUUCAGGCCAUGAAUGAUUGCGAGGAUGAGUCAAUCCGCGCCGGUCAACUCAUGGAGACUCAGCGUCUCUCUGGCCUAAUGCGAGACAGUUGGAAGAGCGGGAACUUCUGGGUAAUGUAUGCCGCACGGAAUAAUUUUGCAUUCGACUCCAUUUAUUGGCGGAAGAUUGAUCGGCGAUUCUUUGGGCCGACUCAAAGCUUUGAACUUGACAAUGUCUGGAAGGAAAGGCUUCAUCUCUUGACACUCAAAGAAAAGGAGUACAUAAAUAUUUGUGUAAAGCUGAGGUUUGAACAGAUGAACACGAGACCUCUUGCUUGGGACCCGGAUGAGUAUACUCGAGCAUACGAGUGCGAGUGGGUGGAAUGA